AUGCUUUGUCUUCGUCGCUGCGGCGCUUUCAUCAAGCGUACGCAUGUGAAACUUUCAUGCGGUACGCAGGGCGACGUGCGUGCGCUGUUGCACGGAAGCUACCCGUCGUGCGUCGCUCGACACGUCUCCACUGCUGCUGCUGCUGCUGCCGGUGGUAAUGCGGUCAGCGGCGCCGGUGAUGACCGCCCAGCGUGUUCCCCAUCGUCAGCCGCGGCAGGUGCUUCAGAGAUACCCAAGAAGUUUAUCUACGCACCACGACUCCGCUACACAGCCCCAUGGCGCAGCAAGUCGAUCACAGACUUCCUCGUCUGCCAGAACGGAGUAGCCCUAUCGAUCGCCCACACGUACCACAACCCAUACACCGAUAUCACCGUCACCCUCAUCCCACUCCGACAUUUUGCCCACCCCGAAUUCUUCAAGCAGGUAGACGACUUAUGCUGCCAACACGAGUCGGUGCUGGUGGAGGGCCGCACCCCUCUCAGUGGUGCUCCCUACUCCACAAUGGUACCACCACGGGAGCGGCUCAAGUGCACGCGGCCUGUCGAGCACGAGGACGACGAGGGCUGGGAGCCACGCGAGGUCGAGAGCUUCUUUCAGCCCUUUUCAUGGGGCGUCAUGGACUCGCCAAGCCACACAGUGUUGCACGCAGCGGAUAAGUACGACUACGAGAAGCUGCCGUGGUGGUGCUCUGUGCGCUUCAACACACCUGUGCUCGGCAGUCUUGCUCGCGAGCAGCACUGCCUUAACAUGAUCUACCCUCUCCGUGAGAAUAUGUAUAAGUCCUUUGCCAUCCCCUGGGGGGCCGCCCACAUGCCAGUAUUUCACGAGAUGCUGCUCGACAACGGGUUUGAGACUGUGGGGAUGUGUUCUCUUCUCAUGCUGAACCGCGUUGACGGCAUGAUCAGCGAGGGUGAGUUCAGCAAGAUGGAGCGUUGGCAGCGCCAGCGCGCUUGUCGUGUGUGGUACCUGUACGGUCUCGGCCUCGUUUUGCUGUGGUGGCUCGCCUACGCGCACCUCACUGUCGAGUACCGCAGCGGACCACGGGAGAUGUGA